CUGCGCCCUGCGUAGCGCUCACUCCUUUCGGGGUGAGGAAUGCGCAGAUUUGUAGUCAGGGCUGGUUUGCGCACGUUUGCGUGAGCACCUCUUUCGUCUGCUGCACCUCCCGACGGCUCAGUAUCUUUCUGAGAGUCUUGUUAUUUGUCGUGGUUAUUUGGGGUGUGUCUGUCAGACAGAUUUCUCCGGGCUGAUGUUUCCCCCUCAUCCCGGUGGCGGAUUAAGGUGGAUAGGUAGUCCGGCCUCAGGCUCAUGAGCGGUUUCCGGCUGCAAUAGUUUCUAAACUGAGCAAGGCCCUCCCUCUCCCUCCAUCGUAAACACGCGCUGCGCUCAUGCAGAGAGAACGACAUUAGUAAAUAAAUAGCGCAUUCAUUCGGGUAUUCUUUGAAAGGGGGAAUCAGUGCUCGGCGAGUAGUGUCAAUGUGACAGGAAUCCUCCUGCUGAAGGCCGGUGUUAUUUCGGGAUGAGGCUGGAGUUCUUGUUGGUUCUCACCCUUUGCUUUUGCGCCUGAUGGAGGAAUGGAUACCGAACGGGUGAAGAUGAAAUGUCACAGUUGUGGCCACAUUACUAAAGAGAAAGCUCCCAAAUUCUGCAGCCAAUGUGGAACCAGACUGGUAGAAAGCAUUGUGGAGGCUGCAAUGCCCCUGAUUAGUGGGAAGAUUAAAGCUGAAGCUCCAGAUUUAUCAAUGCCUAUGGAUGUAGACCUGGACCUGUCUUCCACCUCCACCACAAGCAUGGAAAGUGAAGUGUCCUUGCUGGAACCAGAGCCUCCUCCUUGUAAGUUGCAGUAUGGCGAAAACUCAGUCCUGACGGCAAUUUCAGAAAAAGAAAGCAAAAUAUCUGAUCAACCACGAAAGGGGAGCUCUAAUAAAAGUAAAAAAAGGAAAAAGAAAACAAAGAAGUUGAGUGGAGCUGAGAUGGAGUCCUCUGCUCCUCAACUCAGGCACUUGAGUGAAAAUGAACAGAAGGACAUUGAACAACUCAAUAAAAUUGACAAUGAAACUGAACAAUCCGCUGUUGGCAAUGAAACUGGAAGUUACUCUGGCAGCAAUGAUUUGAUCAAUGACCAAAACGCUGUUUGUAAUAUUACUAAUCUGCAGGUUGCUGCAGAUGAUGAACAUCCUCCAAACUCAACAGGUAUUGAGGAAGUUCCAGCUAGUUGUGGUCCAGUCGGAAAUCUGGUAAAUCUACGCAUUGUAGCAUUCCAAAGUGGCAUAACUGAUACGAACAAAGAUGGCGCAGUCCAAUCUAUUACUGAGAGUGAUCCGCUUCACCCAAACAAGAGUAACAAACCAGCCUCUGCAGUGAAUGAAGGAUCAUUAAUCAUGGAGAAAUUGAGCAGCAGGAAAGAUGGCACUCAGUCUGGAAGAGGAAUUACUCUCGACGAAUCUGAAUCAACGUUGACUAGUGCUGACAAUAAGCCACUUCAUACAUCUGACAGUGACUCAAGUAGUUCUGUUGAAGAAAAUAAUGAUCAGUAUGACAUGAAGAAAGAAAAGGACAUUCUACUUACUCAGAAAAGUAGAAAAAAGAAAUCAAACAAUUUAAGUGCAGCUAUUCAAAGUAAAGAGAUUUCCUCUGCUCUGCAACCCAAACCUUUAUAUUCGGGCAACAAAUACGACAUAAAAGAAAGCAACGAAGUUGGCAUUGAGGCUAGGAGCUACUUUACCAGCAAUGAUUUGACCAGUGACGUAAACUCUGCUCGUGAUAUUGCUGAUCUGCAGGCUGCAGUAGGUGAUAAACAUUCUCCUAGUUCAACAGGUACGGUAAAAACUCUGGACAGUCGUAAUCCAAUCAGAGGUCAGGUAAAUACAGGCCUUGCAGUAUCCAAAAGCACCAUUGUAACUGCAAAGAACAUGGAUGGUGCUGUCCAAUCUGUUGCUGAGAGUGACCUUUAUUCAAAAAACAACAAAUCAGCCUACGUAAUAGAUGAUGGACUUCCCACAACUGAGAAACUGAGCAGUGGAAAAGAUAUUGAACUUGAAAGAGGAGACAAUUUGGGUGAAUCUGGCGCAGCAGCUGCUCAUACUGAUAGUGAGCUACUUGAUUCAGCAGACAGCGACUUGAAUAGUUCUGUUAAAGAAAAAACUAAUGAGCAACAUGGCAUGACAAAGGAAGAGGACAUCCCAUGCACAAAGGUUAUAAUUUUACUAUAA